AUUGAGCGAUCAUAUAAUAUGUCAUGAGUGUUUGGACUUUCACUGGCUGUCUUGAUAUUUUAGAAGAACUUCGGGCUAUAAUUAUCAUUGCACCAUUGCUCCAUCUUCGCUGACCCGAUUUCUUAUGAAACCAUUCUUUAGGAUUAGGCUAGUGAAGCGGUAAUACUAUCAACAGUGUCUCGUAUCCUAUAUCCAUCAUCUCCCUGAUGCAGAUUAUAGGGCUCAUCGUAUUUAUUCUCUACAUAUGUGUGCCAUUGUCAUUUCGCUUCAUGCCAGCUUUCCAGAGGCAUCUGGUUUUCCUGCCUUAUUUACGUUGGCCAGUGGGGGUAGACUUUGGUGACCCUAGUUCAGAAGGCUUGAGUGGAGCACGGAAUCUCUAUUUGGAAACUGACUCAGAUGUAAAAGUGGGAGUCUGGCAUAUCUUACCAGAAUCUUUAAUUGGUGCUAAAUUUGAAACACCUGAAGAAGCACUUGGUGCAGGAAAUCCAAUUGUCCUCUAUCUACAUGGCAAUUCUGGCUCUAGGGCUGGCAGUCAUCGCAUUGAGCUUUACAAAAUUCUACAGUCUUUGAAUUACCAUGUGAUCACUAUGGACUAUAGAGGUUAUGCUGACUCCACUUUAACUUAUAUGUCUGAAGAUGGGGCAGUCACCGACGCAACCGCAGUAUAUGACUAUAUAAAAAAGCACUCUAAAGAUUCUAUGGUUGUAGUAUGGGGCCAUUCUCUUGGUACUGGUGUGGCUUCAAGAACAGUUCGUCAGCUGUGCGAUGAUAAGCAACCACCAAACCGGUUAAUCUUGGAAGCUCCGUUUAACAACGUUCGGGAUGAAAUCCGGAAUCAUCCGCUCUCUUACAUAUUCAGACCAAUUCCUGCGUUUGAUUGGUUCUUCACUGAGCCUCUAGUUGCCAAUAAUCUUGCCUUUGACAGCGAUAAACAUAUUGCUCGCAUUGACUGCCCGAUUCUUAUUCUGCAUGCUCAGGAUGACGCAGUAAUUCCCAUUAUUCUAGCCAAAAAGCUUUAUGAAGAGGCUUUGAACAGCCGACCUGCAGGGUGGCCUCCUGUGCAAUUUAUCGAAUUUCAUCAAGACUUUGGCUAUGCUCAUAAGUACAUUUGCAGAGCGCCAGAAUUACCAUCCAUUAUUCAUGAAUAUAUCGAUUCAGGCUUAGACGGUCGGAAAUCCGGGAGCCAACUAAUCGUCUAAAUAACAUCGCAUGAGUCUUCCCGUCGCGUUAGAUUAAAUUUUCUGGUUUGUGAAAGUUGACGUGCGGCCAAUUUUACUGCCGUAACAGUUUUUUGGGGGGAGAGAAAGGAGCCGAAAUGAGAUUAUCCUAAUCGAGUGCAACCUGGAACUAUGCAAUGCAUUAAAUACUACCAUGACAUUGAUGUGCCUCACAUCCUGUUCUCUCCGGGUAAAUCGAAACGGGUCCAUGUGUUUUAAUGGUCAUGUCUUCUUGCCGUUUUUGUAGUAACCGUUCAUCUCUCUGUACAAGUGUCCGUUGCUUCCCCAAUAUUUCUCCUAGUCUGCAUCCAAAUGAAAUUAUACAUUCCUCAAAUUCUACAACAGA